UGUGAUAAGAGUGGUCUCCACUUUGCUACUGAACGGGCUUACCAAAAAAAAAAAAAAAAGGAAAUAAAGAAAAAAUAAUUUAAAAAAAUGCCAUCUGUGUGUAAGCCACCUAAACCAUUUAAACCACAGAGAAAACAGCCGCGCAGAGGUUUGAUUAGGCUCGCGUCCCGGGAGCACACACCCAGCGCAGCCUACAAAAAGCCCCGGUGCACAGAGCAGGCAGGGCGUGCAGUGGGGCGCUGGGGCCGGGCUGACCUCCCCCCAGAGACCCUCCCGGUGAGUGCCACCUCCGCUUUUAGGGCACCUGCUUCCCACGUGCAGCCUCAGCAGAAAGGACACCGAGUUACAAAUCGCCCUUUUAUUUUUGGGAAAGUUCGCUGUCGACCUCACCCACUUUGGAUCAUUUUUUUCCUGUUGCAGCACAAGGUUGUGGUGCCUCCUUCAAGACCAAGUUGAGAUUUGGCUGAAGAUGGCACUUGCAAGCAUAGUCACCCAACCUAGCAAGACCAGCCUGGAUUACUACAGGAACAGCACGGUGCUGUCCCUCUAUGGGAACCCCGCCAAUGACACGGAGCUCAUGUGUGACAGGAGGCAGGUCUGGCAGUUUGCUCGAGCCUUCUUGCCUGUAUUUUUCUGGCUUAUCUUCUCUGUGGGAACAGUGGGAAAUGCCUUGGUCAUUCUCAUCUACCUCAAAUACCGCUUCAGGAGGAGCAUGAUGGACCACUACCUGCUGCAUCUGGCCGUUGCAGAUCUACUCCUCCUUUUUACCCUCCCUUUCUGGGCCAAGGCUGCCUCUGAUGGCUGGGUCUUUAGGAAUUUCUUGUGCAAAGUUGUCAACAGCAUGUACAAGAUCAACUUCUACAGCUGCAUCCUGUUCCUAACGUGCAUCAGUUUUGACAGGUACAUCACCAUUGUCCAGGCAACAAAAGCUAAAACUUCCAAGCGGAGGCGGCUCCUGCACAACAAACUCGUGUGCUGGGCAGUCUGGCUGAUGUCCAUCAGCCUGUGCAUCCCUGAGAUCAUGUACAGCCAAAGCAAGCAAGUUGGUGACAUGACUGUGUGCAAAAUGAUGUACCCACCAAACGUCAGCAUGGUCUUCAGGGUUACCGUCCUGGCUCUGAAAGUCACGAUAGGCUUCUUCCUCCCACUCCUGGUCAUGGUUAUUUGCUACACCCUGAUCAUCAACACCCUCCUCCAAGCUAAAAGAUGCCAAAAGCAGAAGUCGCUGAAGAUCAUCACCAUGAUCAUCACCGCCUUUCUCCUCUCUCAGUUCCCAUACAACAUUGUUUUGCUGGUCAAGACCAUCAACACGUAUACCGGGGUGGUGUACAGCUGCUGGGCCACCAACGGGCUGGACAUUGGCCUGCAGGUCACCCAGAGCAUCGCCUUCCUCCACAGCUGCCUCAACCCCUUCCUCUACGUCUUCGCUGGUGAGCGCUUCAGGACGGCGCUGGCCAGGCUCGUGUGGAGGCCCAGGGGCCAGGAGCAGUGCUCCUCUGUGUGUGACAGCCAGGAGCACAGCUCCAACUGGUCCUUCGCCAUGCUGGGGCGGCGGCGGGUGAGGAGCUCGCUCACCCUCAGCACCCAUUUGACCUCCUCCAUUGUUCCUACCUCAUGCCAAGUGUUCGUAUAAGCCAGUACUGCAUAAGGGGUGCCAAGCACGGCCUUUCGGACACUGUUCCUUCACCCCAAAGACUGCCUCGGCGGAGGGAUGGACCUCCUAGGUCCAUGUGAGCUCGUGCCAGCGGCAGCAAGGCCACCAAGGGCUCCUCACACACCUCCUCCAUGCUGUGCCUGGCCGGAUCAGGCCUCGCUGCGCAGGGAAGUGAAACCUUCAACGCCAUGCAGCAAAAUGGAGCCGGACGUGCUGCAAGCAGAGCUGACAGAGGAUAAGAGAUACCUUUGAGACAGCAAAGCACCCAGCCCACCUGUGGCUCAAGCCAAGGCCUGAAAUAGCAAUCCCCUCAGGGAACCACCAGCCCAGCAGCAGCAGCAGGCCUGGCUGAAGCAGGACGAGCCUUCUUCCCAGCCACGGCGAGCAGCAAGAGGGAGCCAAGCCCUCACUGAAGACCAGCUCCACAUCAACUCGUUCGCCAGCCAUUGCUUGAUUUCAGCAUGGGGAGGCUGCUCCCUGCACACGCGGACACAAUUCUGCUCCAUGGGACUGGCUGCUCAUGUUGCAAAGGAAAGCUGAUCUUCCAUGCUCAUUACAGAAUUAAAUCCUCCUGUACUUUAUCUCUUUGAUGUAGGGUGAAAGUAGGCUCAAUUUAUUUGCUGCAGCUUGUAUUUCUCUGUAUUGGCAAGACAGAACUUGCAAUAAAAUUUUAAGGCCACUGGAUAUAUUGAGUUUUCUGUCCCUGAGAAAAAAAAUGCUAGCACCCAAACCCCAAACCCGUGAUUCAACAACCUGCCUGUUAUGUGCUGGUACCCUUGCUAGGGUGGCAAAAGACAUUUAACCCAGGACCAGUAAGACAGAGUCAUUAAGUCUCAAACCUACCAUUAAUGACAUUUUGGAUGAGAUGCUGUUCUUUGGGCUGGUGGAGGCAG